CUGAAAUCAGGAGAAAGGGAAAUAGAAAAGAACAAGAAGAAGGCGGAGAGAAGUGCACGCUUUCGGAAAGAUUAUUUUCUUUUGUGUUUUCGUCGGUUGAGAAAUAAAUUCAAAAAAAUAUCUUUACCCAUUACUUUAUGUUGGUAACCGAGUCAUGGGCGAGUCAAGCGACUCAGUUUCCAUUGACAUUGAUUUGAUUCCUUUAGGAGGCAAGGAAUGUGUAGUGAAAACAAGCAAAGGUUCAAUCUCAGUUUUUGUGUGUGGGGAUCAAGAAAAGCCUGCUCUGAUUACAUACUCUGAUGUUGCUCUAAAUUAUAUGUCUUGUUUCCAGGGUCUGUUAUUCUGCCAGGACGCAGCUUCUUUGCUGCUUCAUAACUUCUGCAUUUACCACAUUGAUGCCCCUGGUCAUGAGUUAGGAGCUGAUGUGAUUUCUUCAGAUGUUCCCUUGCUUAGCGUCGAUGACCUCGCAGACCAGGUUGUUGAAGUGCUCGAUUUCUUUGGGUUGAAAGAGGUCAUGUGCUUCGGCGUAACUGCUGGUGCUUACAUCCUUACUCUUUUUGCAAUGAAGUACAAAGAACGGGUGCUAGGAUUGAUUCUUGUAUCUCCCAUAUGCAAAGCACCUUCGUGGACUGAAUGGGUUUACAACAAGGUCUUGAUGAACUUGUUAUACUUCUAUGGCAUGUCUGGUGUAUUGAAGGAAUGCCUCCUCCAGCGCUACUUCAGCAAGGAACUUAGAUGUGGCAUGCAUGGUGCAGAAUCGGACAUAAUACAAGCUUGCCGAAGGUUACUGGACGAAAGACAGAGUUUGAAUGUCAUGCGUUUCCUUCAAGCAAUCAAUGAGAGGCACGACCUUACGGAGGGAUUCAAGAAGUUGCAAUGUAAGACACUAAUUUUUGUGGGUGAAAGUAGUCCAUUCCAUGCUGAAGCGUUGUACAUGAGUGCCAAAAUGGAUAAAAAGAGCUGUGCUCUCGUAGAGGUUCAAGCGUGUGGCUCUUUGGUCACAGAAGAGCACCCAUACGCCAUGGUAGUUCCUAUUGAGUUAUUCCUGAUGGGGUUCGGCUUCUACCGACUACCACAUCUUGCUACCUCGUCAAGUAAUGGUUCGAACCCCACCAGCCCGUCAAACUGCUCAUGCAUAGCGCCAGAACUUCUUUCUCCAGAGAGUCUGGGAAUCAAGCUCAAACCCAUCAAAACCCGGGCAGACACUGCUAUUUGACAAACAAGGAGAUUACAUCCUUAAAGCUAUUAAAUUAAAUUACAUUAUGCCACUUCACAACACGGGUGUGGAACCUCAACUUUGCACGUUCGUUAUACAUAUAUAUAGCUCAUUAUAUAGUUGUAUAAUUUUCUUUAGAGGAAGUAGGCUAAGUAGCAAAAUUUUUUUAGCUGUAUUGCUUGGGAUAGCUUAGCUUCAAAUUUUGACUAAAUGAAUUUAUUUUAGAGUUGAAUGUAGAUAGAUAAAACUAGGAAUGUUUUACAAAUGUGAAAGUAGGAGAAUUCUUUUGAGGGGGAAGGGAAGGGGAUUUGUUCUGUACCUAUCAUUCAUUUUGUACUAUUCUCUCUUUCUACUUGUAUAAUUCCUGUGACAACUUUACCG